AUGGUUCUGAAGGAGGUUCCCACUGACAGCAUUGCCCGUCCUCUGGGCAGGAACGAGGUCAUCGGCCUGCUCUUCCGACUCACCAUAUUUGGAGCCGUGACCUACUUCACCAUCAAGUGGAUGGUGGAUGCUAUCGACCCAACCCGGAAGCAGAAGGUGGAGGCCCAGAAGCAGGCUGAGAAGUUGAUGCGCCAGAUUGGAGUGAAGAACGUCAAGCUGUCGGAGUACGAGAUGAGCAUCGCGGCGCACCUGGUGGACCCGCUGAGCAUGCAGAUCACCUGGAGGGACAUCGCCGGUCUGGACGAGGUCAUCACCGAGCUGAAGGAGACGGUGAUCCUGCCUGUUCAGAAGAGACACCUGUUCCUCAAUUCCAAACUGCUGCAGCCUCCAAAAGGUGUGCUGCUCUACGGCCCCCCCGGCUGUGGUAAGACGUUGAUCGCCAAGGCAACAGCGAAGGAGGCGGGGUUCCGCUUCAUCAACCUGCAGCCGAGCACACUGACGGACAAGUGGUACGGAGAGUCCCAGAAACUGGCUGCUGCUGUAUUCUCACUGGCUGUUAAGCUGCAGCCAUCCAUCAUCUUCAUUGACGAGAUCGACUCGUUCCUGAGGAAUCGCUCAAGUUCAGACCACGAGGCCACAGCCAUGAUGAAGGCCCAGUUCAUGAGUCUGUGGGACGGACUGGACACAGACCACCACUGCCAGGUGAUCAUCAUGGGCGCCACCAACCGUCCUCAGGAUCUGGACUCGGCCAUCCUGCGGCGGAUGCCCACCCGGUUCCACAUCAACCAGCCCAGCGAGAGGCAGCGAGAGGACAUCCUUCGGCUGAUUCUGAUGAACGAGAAGGUGGACUCCUCUGUUGACCUCAAAUACGUUGCCAAGGAGACGGGCGGUUUUUCAGGAAGUGACCUCAGAGAAAUGUGCCGUGAUGCAGCUCUGCUUUGCGUCCGAGAGUUUGUCCACAGCCAGAGCAACAGCUCAGAGGAAGAUGACCACAUACGCGCCAUCCGUCAGUCCGACCUGCAGACCUCCAUCACCAAAAUGAAGCACUCCAAGUCAGCAAGCAUUCACGGCGUUCUGCAGCACGCCACUCUGGACUAAACACAUGGGUCACAUGACCUGGCUGUGGGAACUCAUUUUUUGCUUCCUGUCUCCUCCGUGUUUGGGGAACCAACAUGAACCAGUUGUUCCCACGGGGAGGAGUUUUACUGCUCCACUUCUAAUGUCCUGCCAUGCUGCUCCGAGGGAUGCCCCGCCUACCCAGAGUUCCAGCGACCUUCCACUUGUAUUACUGUCGUGUCGCCCCCGACCUAGAAACACUGAGAUGCUCUUAAUUUGAAAAUGCUCCUCAGACUGACUAUAAAUGAAUAAUUAUUGAUCAUAAGACAAAACAAAUGGAAUCAUGCAGUGAAACUGCUGAUGGAUCAGUCAGUAAAGCUGAUCAGAGAAAAACAGAUCAGGACCAAAUAAAUCAGAAGACGAGGUUUGACUGGAGCAGCAGGGGGCGGAGCUUCCUCUGAUUCACACAUCAAGCAAUUAUCAAUACAAACUCAUUUAUAACUGAUCAAUACUUUUAUUGAUCCUUUAUUCUGUUUUAUCAUUUUCUGAGCGAUGGUAAUGUGUCUUAUUUAUAUGUGGGAUCUGGAUGAAGGAUGCUAUUCUGCUUAGUUCUGAUUGUGGUGGUGUUUAGUUUUUUUUAAUGCAGUAAACCUACAUGAAGCAAAAUAAGGGUUUUAUUCAUUCACGUGUCUCUCCCGUUAAAAGUUCAUGUAGUCACUUUACCAUUUGGUGCUUUUCGGUCUAGGUUUGUUAGUACGCCUGAGCCGUCCACCUCGAGCUGCACUGGUCCAGCCAGGCUGAGACCCUGUCAGAUUCCCUCAGAGGUAGCUGGUCCAAGCUGGGAUCAGAACCACAGUCCCUGGAAUCAAGCUUUGAUGUUAGGUCCUGAGAAAUUUGCAUUUGAGUUACAAUCAUUUAGCAAAUUAUUUAAGAAAUAGGUCACUUUACUAGAUGGGGACAAAGAGUGCUGGCUUGAAAUGACUUCCUGUCAGACCAAUCAGCAGAGACAGUCUGGUGUUCUUGGUUAUGGGGUGAUGAUGUAGUAAACGGGUUCAACACGACUGAUGAUAUUAAAGCCUGCACUAUUAUUGAGCCAGCAAGGAGGUGUGCUUUGCUCCUUAGACCCAUUCUAUUGAGCAUCUGACUGAUCCAAAGCGGUUUGGGUGCAUGGAUAAAAACAUUAUCCUAAAUAAUGAAAAAAAAAAGAGGACGUACAGAACCAUGAGUUCCAGAAUCCAGACUGGGUUUCAGGUAGUUCAUGAGUGGUUCAUUCUUGAAAGCUCGGAUUUCUCUUAAGGUGCGUUCACAUUGUCUCUGUGGCAGUCCUUUACCCCACAUCACCCCCAUAUCCAGUCCCUGAUUGGUUGUCGCGGCGCAACAAGACACAAAAGUUCAGAUGUUUUAACUCCAGCAACUGUUGCUUCGCAUCCAUCACAGGUGUCAUGUCGCUCUGGCUUUGCUUUAAUCACCAAAAUCACACGUUUUGCGUCGCUAGAAUUGACUGGCUUAGCGUUGCUCCCAUGUGGCACCUGUGCGUAUGGAUAUCAUGAUAAUCUGUUGCCCGGGCCGCCUCAUUCGCGUUCAAUGUGAACGCACCUUUAUAGGUCAUCAUGCUUGAAGUACACUCUUUGUUUCCAUCGAAAAGGAAAAGUCCCCCCACACCACAUCCCCUAUCCCACUGAUAAGAAAUAAAGCCACCGUUGUGGUGCCAGCAGGAGGCCCUUUGUCUGAUUAGUUAGAGGUAGUUUUCAAACUACAAACCCUUCAAAGGGAGUUCCUCAGCUUUCACUUUGAAAGGAGGAUGGAUGAUGGUUCUGAAAUCAGGUCUCUGCAGGGACUCCCAACAGAGCAAAUCAUCAGGGUGCAUCUCAACACAAAAAUUUUCAUUUUAGAAUUUCAGUGGCCCAAAUUUCUCUUUUGAAAUGAAAUGAAAUUUAGCUUUUCACUUAGAAAUUGAAUUCCUAGAGUCUGGUGUGGCCCAUGGUCCAAGAUGCUUGAGUUCCAGUUUGAUCACGGUGGAAAUUUUGAUCAUCCAGGACACAACGAUCCAAGUGCUAAAAUGGAAAGCAAGCACACUUUUUCUUUUGUUUCUUGAAGAUGUUGUGUGUUAAUUCACUGUAGUCAUCAAAAUUAACUGAAAUAAACGCUUGAAAUAUAUGACAAUGUGCAAUAAAUCUAUAGAAUGA